AUUAGCGCAGCUAGCCUCGAGCUAGCGUUAGCCAAACACGCACCUUGCCUGUUUGUUUAGGUGUGUGUGUGUGUGUGUGUGUGUGUGUGUGUGUGUGUGUGUGUGUGUGUGUGUGUGUGUGUGUGCGUGUGUGCGCGUGUGUGACCUCCUCACUUUAAACCCACGAUAAGACGACACGCUGCUCGUUCCCUGAACAAACUCGGUUAACUGCUGGAGAAGCUUGGUGAAGGACGAGGAUGGAUGGCAUCAGCUGGAGCACAGCGAGGGCCCCCGAGUCGUUCAGCCGCUCCAGGACACCAUCAGACACUCUGUCCCGGCUCGCCAACUUCAUUGCACGGGCAGAGACCAAGCAGCCCGCUCGAAACCAGGGGGAAGACACUCCCCACCUGGCCAUGUAUGCUUGUCCAGAAUGUGGCAAAGGCUUCACUUACGUUACUGAUAUGCGGAACCAUCAGGAAGUUGAACACGCGUUACCCAAACCUCACCGGUGUCCCUCUUGUGGGCUGACGUUCUCCCUGAGGUCCUCCCUGCAGUUACAUCAGUGUGAUGGUCAUUCUGUCCCAUGUGAACUUUGUCAUGGAGAAUUACAGCUUGGUUCUCCGUGUCCUGAAUGCAGGACUCUGGACAGCCUGCGGGACAAGUCACUUCACCGCCAGCCUUACGUCCUGUGCAGUAGUCUCUACGCUUGUGCUCCGUGUGGCAGAGGCUUCAGCCAGAAACAAGCUCUGCUGCAGCAUCAGCAGGCUGGCUGCACUGAACUUCCAUCCUGCUCGGUUGAAGCUGAUGCCAGAAGCCUUCCAGAUAAUUCUGCUCCUCCUUCUGAGGGAGACUCGAGCCGCUCUGAUUCUUCAGAUGCCCCAGGGCCGAGCAGCAGAGGCGUCAGUGUGUCACACUACUGUUCAAGAAGCCUCCACAACGAGGACGGACCGCAACGCCACCAACAGGCCGAGGCUGAGGGGACACGGGGACAAAGGACCAAAGGAGAACGCACAGAUGGGGACACGAGAAAAGCACGAGACGUCAAUGUGAACAGAGAGCCAAAGACCAAGCAAAAAUCCAAAAAGAAGCUUUUGAGCUGUCGCUCUUGUGCCAUGGUUUUCAGGAGCACCACGAGGCUCUCCAGGCACAGACAACAGAAGCACAGCAGAGAGAACUCCACCGCGUGUGAACCAUGGCCAGUCGGAACGUUCCGGAAACAAUCCAGACAUCCAUGUCCGAUCUGCGGCAAAGUCCUCUUCCAUCACAUGUCACUCCGGGCACAUCUCAGACAGCACAUAGAUCAGUCUGUAGGAUGUAACGCCAAAGACCAGGAGAUAUCAGAGAGAAGACCAAAUGAAGCUAAAUCAAGUCUAACUGAUAGUAAAACAGCUAAGGCUGAUCCAGGGAGACCCAGUGAGGUGUCUACAUUAGAGGCCGAGGUGAGUGAUCAGGGGAGAGACGAGGACGAGGCUGAAGAGGAGGAGGAGGAGGAGGAGGAGGAAGAAGAGAUGGAGUUCCCAUGCCCCUCCUGUGCAGAGGUUUUCUCUCUGCAGUGGCAGCUCAGGGACCACGUCGAGCUCCACCAGUCGUCCGUGAAGAGGACACAGUGCAGCGUGUGCACACACGGCAUGGACACGUGCAAGUUGCCGGGCUCAAAGAGGCACCGGCCGUACCACUGCGUGCCGUGUCAGCAGAGUUUCUCCGCCAUGGGCUCCUUCCUAGAACACUGUCAGGAGCACCUGCGGGCGCGGGUGGAGGAGGACUGCCUCAUGGAGGGCUAUGCUCAGCAGACUCUGAAUGUUGCCACUGUUUAACCUCGUUUGCCUUGAAAAGCUCAGAGUGAUGGCGCGUGGGAAAUUCUUCUUUGAUCAGCUUGUUCAUUCACCGAGCGUGAGAGCAUGAGUCCUGUUUAAUAUCAACACUGUCGCUUUAAUUCAGUCAGGGUCUUCCGCUGGGAAAGACAGGGUCCUCGUUUCAAACCAUCAAGAUUCGCUCAAAGCAGCCUGUCAAUCACACUGGUGUCCCCUCGUAUGUGCUGUGCUUUAUCGUCUAUAACUAAUAAUUAACUCCUCAGGAAACUGUUAAGUGAUGUUGUAAAUCAAGGAGGACGUGGGUUCAUUUUCCCCAUAGUCUUCCAUUUAUUAAUUAAAGGUUAUUUUUGUCGCUCCCUGGUGGCGCUCCUGGUCUCCUGCGACCACCUCUGAUUAAGAAUGAAUAUCAAGUAUUAAAUGGAUACCAGUGCCUCAUUCUUCAGUUAAUAUGUAGAUAAACAUUACACUGUUUAUUUGCUGCUUGGAGAUUCCAGCAUCUGUACGUUAUUGUUAUUUUUCGUAACCUAUGCAAAUGCAGAAGAACGGGACCUUUGUUUUUGUGUUAGUGACGAGAGAUCAGUGCGGUUUGGUGAAUGAACGUGGAUCAGCGACUUUUUGUGAGUUUCCGUGUGAAGGAUAUUAUUAAAAACUACUGUUUUCAAACUACUACUGUGAUUUAAAAAUAGGAAGUGACUUAAUAGGUUUUGAAUCUUCCACUUUUUUUCAAGGUCUUUUGUAAAAAUAAAUUGAUUAAAUGAGACAAAAUUAUUAAAA